AUGUCUGCUUUCCAAUUUACCAUUCUUCUUAGUCAACUUCUGUGUUUCUUUGCUGAUGAACGAAUCAUAUUAGGCAAACAUUCCAGAGAAGAAAGGGGCUUGGAUUUAAUUGGCAAGUUUUCAACACCUGGUGUAUUUUACGAACAUUUUGUGAAACCUGGUGUACCGUUACUAUGGAGGGCAGUACUUGAUGAACCCAAGGUGAAGUUUCCAGCCUAUAAUUAUUGGACCGAUGGAUACUUCAGAGAGAAGUUUGGAGAUGAAGAAUAUAAUGUUGAGGUUCAGAAAAAAGAAAAUCGAGAUAAGAAAUCAGUUAAAAUGACACUGACUCAGUUUUUAGAUGAAUAUAAAAUUAAACCUAUAUAUCUUAUUGAUAGUCUCAGUGAAAAAAUGAAAGAAGACUUGUCUUUACCAUCAACUUUCCAGUGUGGAGGUUUAGAGAAAUCUAUCAAUGAUGUUGUCAUGUGGUUUAGUAGUGGAGGUACUAGUUCUGUUUUACACAAGGACCCGUUAAAUAACUUCAUGUGUGUUUUAGAGGGCAGUAAAGACUUCGUAUUUAUUAACAAAAAAUACGAGAAAGAAGUAGAAUCAGUAGGGUGGGUAGAAGAGGGUAGCUAUAGUACAGUAGAUGUUGAUAAUGUCAACCGCAGGAAGUUCUCCACCCUCCUGUCCCUACCCUGGGUCAGAGGGCAUGCUAACGAAGGAGACUGUAUCUUUAUACCUUUUGGCUGGUAUCAUCAGAUACGAUCCAAUGGUAGAAGAAACCUGGCUGUGAAUUAUUGGUUUACACAUCGCUGGUGGUUUAACCAUCCUGAUUGUAUUAAAUCUAGUAAAUUUAACCUUACCGAACCUCUCAAUAAAUAUCCCAUAGCCUCAUCUAAUGAAAUACUGAGGUUUAAAAUGUUACGACCAUAUAAAGAUUUAGAAUAUAUACUGAAAGAUCAGUUUCUAGAACCAGAUGUUGAUAAGGAAGACAGGGAAAAGUUGUUUGAUUUUAUUAACCUAGACAGAGAUAAUGUAUUAACAUGGGAAGAAUUAUACGAGUUUGAUAUUGAUGAAGCUGUAUUGAAAUAUCACCAUGUACUGGCUCUAGAUUAUGUCAGGACGGUAGAGGAUACCGGACCAGAGACAGAGGAGGUGAUGAAGGGAGGUGAAGACCAAGGUGUUGAGAUCGAUGAGGGGGUAGUGUUGGAAGAAUACCCACAUGGGGAGGAUCAUUUUAAAAGAAUGCACCAACAGAUUCUGAAGGAGUUAAAGAUGGUGAUGAAGACAAUGAUUCAGAAGACAGCAAGGUCAAGGAUGAAUUGUGAAAAGUAUUAUGUUUGUAUGUUGGAGUUUUUGCCCUUGAUCUUGAAAUUGGAAGAUUGUGUAGAGGUUUAUGAAUCAGCUCUUUGA